UGGUGGUGAUAAGAAGGGGAGAUUGCGCUUGUUAGUAUAUUUAUCAUUUACACAGCUGCAGCACCUUGUAAUUCACCGCGGCAGUUAGUUAUUUGUUGGUCUGCAAGAUGUUUUUGCAUAAUACAAUCAUGAAAGCCGCCAUCGCGGUUGUGGUUAUUUUGCUUACGGUGCAGGUCUGCUACGGCAAGUCCAGCCCUUCGGAAGAUGAAGUUCUUCUGGAGCUAUUUUGCCGUGGAAUCUACGUUCUCCCGUGUCCCGACACUACGGAGAUUGGCGAUCGCGCUGGACGGUUGCGCUUCUACCAUGUUCCCAAGAGCAACUGCAGUGUCAAAUUGACGACACCGAGCAACUGCAACAGCAAAUCCGCAAUCUAUUUACACGUUCCAGUGUCGUAUCUGGGUGAAAGCCAGACAGUGAGGAUCUACGAGCGCAUUGACGGAAAAUCCACCCUGGUCAAACAGAUACCCGGCGGCAAGUCCUACAACAUGCCCAACAAUGCCAUCGAGUCCAUUGCACAGUUGGUGUCCAGCUACCAGAAGGCGCCUUCCCUGACCAUAAACAUGGAUCUUGGGCCAGAGAGAAAAGAAAAUCCAUAUCACGAGAUCAUUUUUGAUUACACGGUCCUCACACAAAAGCCGAAACCGGAUGAAGUUCUGUGUCAAGCACUGAAAGGCUACAUCCCCCGGAACAUAUUGUGUGAUGCUUCCGAUACGAUGCGAGUCAGCUGUCCGGAAGCCUACAUGUCGCGUACUGAUCCCAACAGCGUCAUGAGUGUACAAUCUUGCGACGCCUCUGAGGAUCCUGUAAUCGAUGCCAUCGGCGAUCCACCCGUCACUCCUUCAGUGACAAAGAAAAUAACGCCUUCCAAACCGCCAACCAAAGCGACGAAAAUCGCACCAGCAACAAGUAAAACAUCCAAAAGACGAGGUACUGGAAAGACAUCAGCUCCCAAAACGGCAGCGCGGCAGCGAAUACCCGAAGAACCAAUAGCCGUCUCCAUGUCCAACGCCACCCACGGUGAGCUAUCAGUCGGAUAG